AUGACCAACAACGACAACAGCUGGGAUGUGUUGAGCGCGUCAGGAAAAGUGCAACUACCUGAAAUUGAAACACCACCUGAACCAUUGAACGGCUUACUUAUCGGCACGAAUCCAGAUUCUAACGUGUUCCUGAAGUCAAUUCGAAGAUUCAAUUCAUGCUUUCAAAUGACAUCGUUCGGAGCAACAGAAAUAGUUCGAAAUACUAAUGCAAAUGGUCAACAAUUCAAUUCUACAUUCAAAAUCAGAGGCCAAGUUUAUCAUAAAAUGGGCUCACUGCUGCCAAUGCCAAACGAACCACAUAAAUUCUUACAAAUCUACUUUAUGGGCGGCGAGGAUUCCGGAAGCGCACUUGCCAAUCGCGUGAAUGCACGUUGUGAUUAUAAUAACCUUGAUUCACUUUAUGCCAGGCGCAUCGUCAGCGAGUUAGAUGCUCUUUUGAACGAGCACAACGAGUUGUUGAAAAUAUUCAAAUCACAUAUGCACCAAUUACAAAGCGAUAAUCACGCUAUCGUCAUUAAUCCUGAUAAAACACCAGCUGGAGAGCAUAUUCGUAGAUUCAAUGCACCCGUUGUUGAUGAUGUUGCUGGAAUCAUGGUUGGCGAUUGUACAGCUGCACGAGAAAUUGUGAUUCGUAAAAGAAAUAAUAAUCUUCAGUUCAUUGCUGACACACAUCGUUCAUAUGACGCUCUCCAAUAUCCGCUAAUAUUCUGGAAGGGACAAGACGGAUAUUGCAUAAACAUAAAACAACGAGAUCCCGUAUCAGGAGCUGAAACAAACAAGAACGUUAGCUCAAAGGAUUAUUAUGCGUACCGAUUAAUGAUUAGACGUGGCCUGGACAACGUCAUUUUACGAUGUCGUGAGCUUUGUCAACAAUUCAUGGUCGACAUGUACGCGAAGAUUGAGAGCGAACGACUACGAUACUUACGAUAUAAUCAACAAAAGCUGCGCGCGGAAGAGUACAUUCAUUUGCGAGACGCUAUUAACAACAACGCCGACAUCGCCGAAAUUGGUAACCAUGUCAUUUUACCAUCAUCGUACGUAGGCAGUCCACGUCAUAUGCAAGAAUAUAUACAGGAUGCUCUGACUUUCGUGCGCGAAUAUGGACGACCAUGUUUAUUUAUCACGUUCACAUGUAAUCCAAAAUGGCCAGAGAUUACAUCUUUGCUACUGCCUGGCCAAAAUGCAAUACAUCGCCAUGACAUUACAGCACGUGUGUUCAGACAAAAAUUGAAGUCUUUAAUAAGUUUCAUUACUAAAUCACAUGUAUUUGGUCCCACACGUUGCUGGAUGUAUUCGGUUGAGUGGCAAAAGCGAGGAUUACCUCAUGCACACAUUUUGGUUUGGUUCAUCGACAAAAUCCGUCCUGAAGAAAUCGAUAGUAUCAUUUUUGCGGAAAUUUCAGAUCCAUCCACUGACCAACUGCUGUUUGAUAUUGUUACAACAAACAUGAUUCAUGGUCCAUGUGGUACUCUUAAUAGUUCAUCACCUUGCAUGGCUGAUGGAAAAUGUACUAAAAAUUUCCCUAAAGAUUUUACCAAUGAUACGGUCACAAAUGUCGACGGAUACCCAAUAUAUCGUCGAAGAAAUCCUGAAAAUGGCGGACAAUCAUUUAUUAAAAAUAUCAUCAACACAGACAUUGAUAUUGACAAUCGUUGGGUGGUGCCAUAUUCGCCUCUGCUGAGCAAGACAUAUAAUGCUCAUAUUAAUGUUGAGUUCUGCAGUUCUGUGAAGAGCAUCAAAUACAUUUGCAAGUAUGUCCAUAAAGGCAGUGAUAUGGCUGUGUUUAGAGUGGAAAAUACUAAUGUGAAUGCUCCUCCAGUGAAUAAAAACGAUGAAAUAACGCUCUACCAAAUUGGUCGGUACAUUAGCUCCAAUGAAGCUGCUUGGCGUAUCUUUGGUUUUCCAAUUCAUGAACGGGAUCCAGCAGUUGUUCAGUUAGCCAUCCAUCUUGAAAACGGUCAGCGUGUAUUUUUCACGAACGAGACAGCGAUUGAUCGUGCAAUAAAUCCACCUAAAACUACACUCACUGCAUUUUUGAAUUGUGUAAUCGUGCGGAUGAUUUUGGUGCCUUUGCACGAACAUUACUCUAUUCACAAGUACCACGCUAUUUCACAUGGACUCAAACAAAAACAUGGAUGCCCCGCAAUCAAUCCAAGACACACGGAGUGCUUUUAUCUUCGACUGUUGUUGGUUAAUGUUACUGGCCCAUUAUCAUUUCAAGAUAUACGUAAAGUGAAUGGGCAACAAUAUCCAACGUAUAAAGAUGCAUGCCUUGCACUCGGCUUGCUGGAAGACGACAACCAGUGGGAAUGCAUGCUUGCUGAAGCUGCAUUGAACUGUACAGCAAUACAAAUUCGUCUACUAUUCGCUAUAGUGUUGACUACAUGUUUCCCAGCCCGAGCACAGAUAUUAUGGGAAAAUCACAAAGAUUCAAUGACUGAUGAUAUAUUGCAUCAACAUCGUAUACGGUGCCACGAUCUAACCAUAACAUUCAGCGACGAAAUGUACAAUGAAGCAUUGAUUGCUAUUGAGGAUCUUUGCAUUGUCAUUGCCAACUUACCACUUAGUAAUUUCGGUAUGAAUUCGCCAAAUCGAACUGCAUCUGAUUUAAUGAAUACUGAAAUGAAUCGUGAACUGCAGUACAGUACUGUAGAAAUGGCAGCGAUUGUUGCCCGCAAUGUCCCACUAAUGAAUGAGGAACAAAGAACCAUUUAUGAUCGCAUUAUGCUCGUAGUUUCAGCUGGACAAGGUGGGUUCUUCUUUUUGGAUGCACCGGGUGGAACUGGCAAAACAUUCGUUAUUUCGCUAAUUCUUGCUGAAAUACGAUCAAAUAAUGGCAUCGCAUUGGCCGUUGCAUCAUCGGGCAUUGCAGCAACUUUAUUGGAUGGAGGUAGAACAGCUCAUUCAGUAUUUAAGCUGCCACUAAAUAUUCAGAAUAACCCUGACGCAGUAUGCAACAUUAAGAAACAAUCGUCCAUGGCCACUGUGCUGAAACGCUGUGAUUUCAGACAAACACUUCCAGUCAUUCCGCGUUCAACAUACGCUGAUGAGAUCAACGCUUGCUUAAAAUCAUCUCCAUUGUAG